UUCAUGUACGCUCUCCUGGAGACAUCAUGAUUGGGGGGCUUUUCCCCAUUCACUUGAAAACCGUAAGAAAUGCCACCAAUCCCAAAGAAGUCUCCUGUACUGAGCCUGAUUUACAAAUGUUCCUGCGCACUCAAGUGAUGAUAUAUGCCAUCCAGGAAAUAAACCAGAACACACCCAGAGUGCUGCCCAACAUCACCCUGGGAUAUGACAUCUACGAUACUUGUGCAGAUGUCAGCCUUGCCAUCAGAGCCACUCUGGAGAUGCUGAAGAGCCAUUCAGAUCCUCAGAACUGUCCUCUACCUUCAAACAUCCUUUUACCCUUACCUGAACCCCAAACAAAAGUUGUGAUUGGUGAAAGAUACUCUGAAGUGUCUACAGCUGUUGCACGGCUUACUACUCUAUCAUCACUUACCCAGAUUAGUUAUUCAUCCACCAGUGAAUUGCUCAGCAAGAAGUUCAAGUUCCCCACUUUUUUGCGAACAGUUCCAAGUGAUGCUUUUCAAACAGAAGGCAUCUCUGAGCUUGUGAAUGAGUUUAACUGGAAAACAGUGGCUAUUGUGGGAAGUGAUGAUGAGUAUGGGAAGUAUGGCAGUGAUCGCCUUGAAGAAACUUUUAAUAAAAGGAACGUCUGUGUUGAAUUUGUGGAGAUCCUGCCUGGUGACUUCACCCAAAAUGAUUCACGUAGCCAACUAAAACUGGCAAAUCUGAUAGAGACUUUGAAUAACUCCGUAGCUGAAGCCAUUAUCAUGUUCACCAAGGACACUAAUGUUAAAAUCAUCAUGGAAGCAGCUAUUAAAUACAACCUCAACAGAACCUGGAUUGCGAGCGACACAUGGUCCACCUCCCCAAGAAUCUAUACGAUGCCUGGCAUUGAGCUUGCAGGGCCAGUUUUUGGGUUCAUCUUUAAGAGGAACGAGGUGCCUGGUUUUAAAGAAUAUGUCAGGUCAAUGUUCAACGGAACUACAAACAGCACCAUCGAGCGUCUCAAGAAUCUCAAUCUUUGCUCAAACCAGUCGACGCAGGAUGUAGGAAUAAAUUGCUCCGAAAAGUGUUUAGACCCAGACUGCUUGGCCUCCUACGUCGACCAGGAUGAAUCUUAUAGCGUCUACUUGGCUGUUCAGGUUGUUGCAGAGGGUCUGAAAACCUUGCUAAAAUGUAAUGCCCUACGAUGUGAACGUGACACCAAUUUUACAACCUUUGAGCUCCUGAAGGAAAUACAGAAAGUCAACAUUACUUUGAACAACACACAUUUAUAUUUUACUGAUGGAGACCCUAGUUUGGGAUAUGAUAUUUUGCAAUGGAAAAACUCUACAAACGGCACACAGAUAGAAACCAUUGGGGGAUACUGGCCAAACCAAACUAUCACACUACCAGAGGAUCUCAGGCAGAGGAUGAAUGAUAUAAAGGUGACGCCUUAUUAUUGCUCGAAAACCUGCGAACCAGGAUACAUGUUGAAACUCCAACGGAAAAAAUGCUGCUUUGAUUGCGUUCCAUGUGCGGAAGGAGAGUUUUCCGAGGGAAAUGGUGAUCCAUGUGAACAGUGUCAGGACAUGGAGCAUUCCCCGGAUGGAAACAGGUCUAAGUGUUUGCCAGACACUGAGGAAUUCCUCAAAUGGACAGAUCCCAUCGCCAUAAUUCUGAACUGCUUGGCAGGCAUUGCAAUCAUUGCUACCCUUAUAUUUACUGUUCUCUUCACAAUCAACCGCAGAACCCCCAUCGUGAAGGCAGUAGGAGGUUAUUUGUGUUUCCUGGAGCUCUUUUCCCUGCUUUUCAGCUUCUGCCUUACAUUUACCUUCAUGGGAAAACCCACUGGUAAAUCCUCCUGUGCUGGCAUCCCUCUCUUUGGAGCAGCAUUCUCUCUUUGCGUCUCCUGCAUUCUGGCCAACUUGCUUCAGAUCUUGGUGGGCUUUAACUUUGACCUGAAGGCUGGUUCCUGGAUUAAGAAGCUCAAUCAACCAGUAGCUGUUGUGAUCAUCAUGUCUGGGAUCCAGUUGGCUCUAACAGUGUCGUGGCUGAUAUUAAAACCACCGACUUCUGGACAUGAGAGAGACACAGACCAAGACAUUGUCCUGUACCUGUGUAAGACAGAGUCCGAUGCGUUUUUUAUUGCGAUGAUAGCCUACAAUGCUUUCCUGGGCAUCAUCUGUUUCCUGUUUGCAUUCAAAGGGACACAGUUGCCAGAUUUGUACAAAAAUGCAUCAUUAAUCAGUGUCAGUAUGGUGCUGUUCUUGAUCAUAUGGAUGGUCUUUCUCCCAAUUUUUAUCACUUUGAAGGGGAAGUACAAAGCUGCUACAAGCAGUGCAGCCAUUCUCAUUUCUGGCGCCAGCAUCCUCUGCUGUCACUUGGCCCCCAAGUGUUACAUCAUGUUGUUUAGAAAAGAGCUUAAUAAUGAGAGGGCCAUAACUGAAUACAUCAGGAAGCAUUAUGAGCAGAAGGGAGUGUCUGUGGUGCAGUCAUGAUUUUAAGGGUUAGGUCAAUAACUAUUUGGAAAGUGAUGUCCUCCGUCAUUUUCAACCUCAUGUAAUAAUAAGUAAAAGUUGCAUGGACACACACACACACACACACACACAUACACACACAGACAUAUGGCUGAUGAUACAAAUGAAUAUUUUAUCACACAAUUUGGCUCCAAUUGCUCACUCAAUUUAAGUUCUUAAGAAAACUAGAAAAUAUAUAAUUAUUAUAACCCUUUAAAUGCAGAUUUAAGGACGUGUUACAGCUUUAUAUAAAAGUCUUCUCCAAAAACUGCUUUAAAAUAUAUAUUAUAUGAAACCUUUGAUGUAUUUGAUGCAUUAAAAAAAAAUCCCCAGCCCCCCAACAUGUACUAUUUUAUGUUAUUUGUGUUUUUACUUUCAUAAAAACCAUAAACGGAAAGAUUUGAUUAAUGAAGUGGGAAAAAGUUUUUAUAGCAGUUUUCGGCAGAGGAAGAUUUUGUCCUCUAAUGACCUGAAAGGUUAGUAAACACAGUAUGUUCCCAGUGUCCUAGUGACCUUACAGAAAAAUAUUUCAGAGUUCUUCAAGAAAAACACAAAAACAUCAUCCCAUAUGGGGUCAAACAACCAAAAUAUUGGCCAAAAAUUAAAGGAAAAAUGACUAAAAUGGACAAAAAAAGUCCCUGAUUGCAGUGGUAGGAACCUUGGUGUCCCUGCUCCAACACACCUGAUAGAAAUUAAUGAGUCUGUGCAGAACUUGAUUGGCUGUCGGAUUCAUUUGUUUUGAUUCAGGUGCGUUAGAGCAGGGACACAUGGAAAACGUGCUGGAACGUGGCUCUCAAGAAGCAGGGUUCCCCACCAGUGGAUUAAAGAGGUGGCUCAGAUUUUAUUUAUGUACUUCUGAACAGGGUCAUACCUGUAGCAGACGACGGCAGCUCUAGAGAAUCAGGGAGGAUGCCUGCAACUCAGAUCAGGAAUAACAGAGAACCAUUUUUCUUUUUAAUCAAAAGCAGGGAUGUCCACUUCUGAGGAGCCCCAGUUCUGCAGGUUUUAGAUGUGUCCCUGCUCCAACACAUCUGACUCACAUGGGUCAUUGUGCAUAGCUUGACAAUAAGCUGUUGUUUUGUGUGUAAAUCGUGAUUACAGUUGUAUGUUAAAUUAGGUUUUAUUUUCCUUUCUACAUUUUUUAUCCUAGACUAAACCUUUUAAAUGCCUUUUUGUCAGAUGCAGUUGACAGAAGAGAAUAUAUAGUUGGUGUGUUUUUGGAUUUGCAGAAGACUGUGAAAGAAAUUUAGCUGCAUAUGGUAAUCACUCAUAUAUACUCAUAAUAAUCACAUGUAUAUUCAGUUUUCUUUAUUCAUUUAUUAUUGUUAAUCCAUUCACUUUUACAUUUU